AUGUCUCGUCUGUAUAUUAUAUUGGUGCUUCUAGCAUUCGUAGCCGCGGUCUGUGGACAGGGCAUGUUGACUAUCCAGCAACCCUUGACAAACGAACAGUGGACCAGUAAUAGUCGUCAGAGAAUCGAAUACACAAUUGUGGGCAACCAAACAUUGACAACUCCUCUUACACUUCAAUACCCCUCUUCAUUUGACAUUGUCUUCCAAUGGACAGCUCGUUCUGAUCCCACAAAAACGUAUCAGCUUGAUGCCCUCAGUGGUUUGUCCGCAGUGCCUUAUCCUGGAGGAACCCAAAACAAAGUUUACUCGGCUACAUGGAAGCUACCCGGCUGCCGUUUCUUUUCGCGCUACACAACUCAAGAUUACACCUUUAAUAUUGUAUUUGUUCCGAAAUACCCCUCGACCACCAAAGCUACUGUACAAAAACAAUCAGCAGUUACAGUUGCCUUAGACAUUCAGGUCAACAAUGCCACAUUCCCCAGAUGUUAG